GGCAACAGUGGCCGGUCGUGUCUUGCCUAUCCCUCCUACGCCCCGCGUUCGUAAUGUGUGACAAUAAUUGUUGCUUCCUCUUUUAAUACUUGUAUUUAUUAACUUUAUUGUAUUGUCUAUUGUAUCUAUGAAGAUUAAGUUUGUUGUACAUAACUCGAAGUUUGAAAUUAAUGUUUGCUGUAUGAAUUUUACGAAAAAGGAAACGAGAAUAGUAAAUAGAAUUGGCUGAGACCGAUGCGAUCAUCAGCCAGACCCAGUAACCCACGGAUGCCGUAAGGUCUAGCAGUGGUGCGCAGCCGUCGUGAUGAGCACAACCCGCCAAAAUGCGUCGGCGGCCAUUUUAAACAGGCAACGGAUCCGUUUGUCGGCACGAGAUGGCCGUCAGCGCCAACGCGUUCAACGCGAUCAUGCGCGUGCGCACCCCGCAGCGUUGUUAUGAAAUGUGGAAACAUUGCAAGUGGCGACAGAAAUUACCGAGGACAAACGGGACCUUUAGAGUUCCCAGAUAGAGAUUGUGGCCUAAGUGUUGUGUUGUGUAAAUAUAGUGGUGUGUAGUUAUAAGUAUGGAGGGUCGUGGAGCCCGCACGCCGCUGCUCGAAUGCGGGGAGUAUCACCCGCACAAGACGGCCACCCCGCGAUGCUGCUUCUGGCUGGCGAGCCACGUCAAUGUGAGGAAAUGCGUGGCCGGUGUCAUGUUGCUCUCCGUCCUCACCAUAUUCUUCUAUACGUAUUACGUGACCGCUCCGUUGACGAGCCUUGUAUGGAGAGAUCGAGUUCCUCGGCCACUGUCGCAGUGUUCCCUCCUCGCAUCGCAGCAACAGGCCCGCGACCACCGCUCAGACGCGCGUCUGCGUAUCGAUGCAAAAGUCCUGGUCAUCGCUGAGUCCUUAUACUCGCGGCUUGGACGAGACAUCGCAGAAUUGCUUGUCGCUAACAGAAUACGGUAUAAGGUGGAAGUAGCAGGCAAAAGCCUGCCGGUCCUUACCACGUUGGACAAGGGUCGAUAUGGAGUAAUUGUGUUCGAGUCUCUAUCGAAAUACGCGAACAUGGACAAGUGGAAUCGGGAACUUCUCGACAAAUACUGUCGAGAAUACUCGGUAGGGGUUGUGGGGUUCGCCACACCCGGCGAGGAGACACUCGUAGGAGCCCAGCUGAAAGGAUUCCCACUCUUCAUGCAUACCAAUUUAAGGCUUAAGGAUGCAUCAUUAAACCCAGCAUCACCAGUGCUAAGAUUAGCACGGGCUGGUGAGACAGCUUGGGGACCACUGCCAGGUGACCAUUGGACGGUGUUUAGGCCUAAUAGUUCCACUUACGAACCUGUUGCGUGGGCUUCAAGGGAGAACGAAUAUGGAGCGAAUGAAGACCACAUACCGCUGGCUACAGUUAUGCAAGACCACGGUCGUUUGGACGGCGUCCAAAGGGUCCUGUUUGGGGCCGGGCUGCAGUUCUGGUUACAUCGGUUGCUGUUCCUCGACGCGUUGAGUUACCUCAGUCAUGGCCAGUUGAGCUUGAGCCUCGACCGGUGGAUACUUGUCGAUAUUGAUGAUAUCUUCGUGGGGGAACGAGGUACCAGAUUACACGAAGAAGACGUGUCAGCGUUAAUGGCGUCCCAAGUGGCUCUGCAGCGGCUGGUCCCAGGCUUCAGGUUUAACCUUGGCUUCAGUGCUAAGUAUUAUCACCAUGGAACGGCUCUGGAGAAUCGCGGAGAUGAUUCUCUAUUGAAGAAUCGAGAGCAUUUCAGCUGGUUUUGUCACAUGUGGAACCACCAGCAACCCCAUCUCUACAACAACGUGUCACAGCUGGAGUCAGAAAUGAUGUUGAACAAACAGUUCGCCAUGGAGCAUGGAAUACCCACAAACUCAUGCUACUCGGUCUCGCCGCACCAUUCGGGCGUGUACCCAGUGCAUGAGCCGUUGUACGAAGCCUGGAGGAAGGUGUGGGACGUGAAAGUCACUAGUACUGAGGAAUAUCCACAUUUAAGACCGGCUAGGUUGCGUCGCGGCUUCAAGCAUAGAGGCGUGAUGGUGCUACCUCGGCAGACCUGUGGGCUUUUCACGCACACGCUACUGCUGGAGAGAUACCCGGGCGGGCGGGAACGACUCGACAAGUCGAUUCAGGGCGGCGAGCUUUUCCAGACUGUCAUCAAUAAUCCUAUAAAUAUCUUCAUGACACAUAUGUCGAAUUACGGCAAUGAUCGACUGGCCCUCUAUACCUUCGAGUCCGUCGUGAAGUUCCUCCGAUGCUGGACCAACGUGCGUCUCGCGUCAGCACCUCCGCUGGCUCUAGCUGAGAAAUACUUCCAACUCAGACCAGAUGAGCUGAACCCAUUGUGGGGGAAUCCCUGCGACGAUGCCCGCCACAGACGGAUCUGGUCCAAGUCGAAGUGGUGCGAUACGUUACCCAAAAUCCUGGUCAUCGGGCCUCAGAAGACAGGAAGCACCGCGCUCUACACGUUCCUGGCGAUGCAUCCAGUCCUGGUACCGAAUCAACCCAGCCCGAUUACAUAUGAGGAACUCCAGUUCUUCAAUAACAACAACUAUAUGAAGGGACUAGAUUGGUAUCUAAACUUCUUUCCGCCGAACCAGAGCAACGCAUCCCAAAUAACCUUUGAAAAGUCGGCGACGUAUUUCGACGGUGAUCUUGUACCGCGACGUGCGCAUGCGCUGCUGCCGAACGCGAAGAUUAUUGCGAUACUUAUAUCGCCUUCUAAAAGGGCCUACUCGUGGUACCAGCACAUUCGGUCGCACGGCGAUCCUGUGGCAAACAAUUACACCUUCCACGCCAUCAUCUCAGCGAAUGACUCCGCGCCGAAACAGCUAAGAGACCUAAGGAACCGUUGCCUCAAUCCGGGCAAAUACAGCCACUACUUGGAACGAUGGUUGUCGGAGUACAACUCACAUCAGUUCCAUAUAAUCGAUGGAUCGCUGCUUCGCUCUGAACCAGCUAUAAUUAUGAACACCUUGCAGAAAUUCCUUAAAAUACCUCAUAUUGAUUACCACAAGUUGCUUAAGUAUGACGCAAAGAAAGGUUUCUUCUGUCAAGCUGUCAACGAUAAAACGAAAUGUCUGGGUAAGUCCAAAGGUCGUGUAUACCCACCGAUGGAGGACAGAUCAGCGAAAUUUUUAAAGCGAUAUUACACUCCUCACAACACAGCUUUGUCGAAGCUUCUUGUGAGAUUAGGCCGGCCGGUCCCUCAGUGGCUGAAGGAUGAACUAUCCAAUGGAUAGCAUAGUAUAAAACCUAAAGGGUUGGAACGAAAGGAAAUAAUACGACUGAUCAAAGUCUGUCUUGUGACGUAACAAUAUUUGCUUCGGGAAAAUGUCUUUGAAGCAAACAUUUGUUAAGUAGCUCUAAGUUCCGAUUCUCAGGGUUUUUUCUAGAGAAAGGGUUCUCACAGGGCUUAAACCUUAAGUAAGAUAACGGACCUUCAACUAUACUCAGACUCGUUCAUUAAUAAAUGACAACAUCAAUAGAACGGCGCUACAUUGAAUCGUGUCGAUGAGUUAAGAUUUAUUCAAGCCAUACUUCUAAUACCUAAAACUUAUUCAAAUGCUUAACUAAAUUAAUGAACGACUCUAAGUACAUUAUAAACUGUGAAUCUUGUAUAAAUAAAUGUUUCGUUAUGAUGGUUUUACUUGCCAAUGCGCGCUGGGUGCUACGUUUUUCGAAAAUCUUUUGUAUUUCCGUUUAAAGUUCUAUAAGGUACUUGACAUCAGAUAUUUAGCUUUUUGAAAUUGGAAUUUGUGAACUGUGCUUGCAACUGUAUCGAGUACUGUUGAUACUUGCACGUAAAUUGUGUUGCUUUUACGCUUAAUCUAUGUAUUAUAUGUUAGCGCAAAAACAUUUUGUUAUCAAUAAGAUAAACAAUAUAGUGUUCUUCUGUUUUUUGAACUAAAUCGUCAAAUGCAGUCAAGUGCCUGUUUUAUUUGGGCUACUCAUUCCAUGUUACAUGUUAGUACCUGAUUUUAAUUGUACAUUUCUAGUUAUUUUCUGUAUCUGUGCCAUAAUCUUGAACAAAUUUUCUUAACAACUGUAUUCUAAAUCGUUAUUUAAUAAUUAGUGGCGCUACAA